AUUGCGCGUGGGGUACAACACAGAGAGAGCCGUUUUUACUCUCCUCUUUCAUUUUUCUCCACUCUUUAGUGUUGCAAAGUUAUCUACACACAGAGAUGCAGCAAACCUAACAUCUGAAGAUCUUUUUUUUAACACUUUGUGUCUUUAUUUUUGCAGCUAAACAGCUGGAUGACUUUAUGAGGGGAAAGAUGUCUGGGUGAGGUGAUUUUUACGCACGCUGCUGAAAUGGAUCAUAGACUCUCCAGAGGCAGCUGGGUACCAGUAACAGGUCUGGUCAUAUGUCUACUUCUAUGUGCGUGUGUAGUGGACCUUGUUCUUGCGCAAAUUCGAUACUCUAUCCCCGAAGAGCUGGAGCACGGAGCCUUUGUGGGCAACAUCGCAGAGGACCUGGGUCUGGAUGUGGCCAAACUGUCAGCCCGCCGGUUCCGUAUCGUCUCCGGCGCAAAGAGGCAGUAUUUAGAAGUGAACUUGGAGAACGGCAUCCUCUUUGUCAACGAAAAGAUAGACAGAGAGGAGCUGUGUGAACGAAGUCCGGGCUGCUUUCUGCACUUGCAAGUGGUCAUUGAAAACCCAUUAGAACUGUACAGAGUAGAAGUGGAAAUUUUAGACGUGAACGACAACUCCCCCAGUUUCCCGUGGAGUGAGUUUAACCUCGACAUCACCGAGUCCGCCGCGCCCGGCUCACGGUUCCCGCUGGAGAGCGCGCAGGACCAGGACGUGGGCACCAACUCGCUGCGCUCCUACCAGCUGAGCGCAAACCAGCACUUUGUACUCAACAUCCAGACGCGCAACGACGGAAGCAAGUUUGCCGAGCUUGUGCUGGACACCCCACUGGACAGAGAACAACAGAAAAGGCACGAAAUGGUCCUCACUGCGUUUGAUGGCGGCUCGCCGGAGCGCUCCGGGACAGCGUUGAUAACUAUUACAGUGUUAGACGCGAACGAUAACGUGCCCGUCUUUGACCGCUCAGUUUACAGAGCAAGUCUGGUAGAGAACGCACCGAGAGGGACGCUGGUGCUGAAACUGAACGCCACAGACUUGGAUGAAGGCUCAAACGGGGAGGUUACUUAUGCGUUUAGCGGCCACGCACCACUCAAGGUGCGCGAACUAUUCAGCGUGGAUCCAUACAUGGGUGAAAUUCGAGUGAAGGGCGUCGUGGACUAUGAAAAAGCCAGCGUGUAUGAGCUUUACGUGCAAGCCAAAGACAGGGGACCGUCGGCUGUGGCGGUGCACAGUAAAGUGCUGGUAGACAUCCUGGAUGUGAAUGACAACGCCCCCGAGGUCAUCCUCACAUCCGUGUCCACACCUGUGCAGGAAGACGCGCCGCCGGGCACGGUGAUAGCCGUGAUCAGUGUGAUGGACCGGGACUCGGGAGAGAACGGGAACGUAGACUGUCAGAUUCCGAGCAACGUCCCCUUCCAGCUCCAUUCAUCUUUUAAAAACUAUUAUACUCUGGUUACGAGCGAGUUCCUGGACAGGGAAGCGGUGUCAGAGUACAACGUCACCCUCACAGCUCGGGAUUUAGGCUCCCCUUCGCUCUCUACCAGGAAAACGAUCCUCGUCCAAGUAUCUGACAUUAACGACAACCCCCCGCGGUUCUCGCAACCUUCAUACACAGUUUAUGUGACCGAGAAUAACGCCCCGGGCGCUUCCAUUUGCUCCGUAAGUGCCUUCGACCCCGAUUCUAACCAGAACGCCUAUCUGUCUUAUUCCAUCCUCGAGGGUCAGAUCCAGGGCAUGCCCGUGUCCACUUACGUCUCCAUCAACUCCGACAACGGCAACAUAUAUGCACUGCGCUCCUUUGAUUAUGAGCAACUUAGAAACUUUCAGAUUCUGGUCCAGGCGCAGGACGCCGGCUUCCCUCCUCUCGCCAGCAACGUGACAGUGAACGUCUUUGUCUUGGACCAGAAUGACAACGCACCUGUUAUUGUAUCCCCUCAGCCCAAAAACGGCACCGUGGCCACAGAGGUGGUCCCGCGGUCAGUGGACGCCGGGUAUCUGGUGACCAAAAUAACAGCGCUAGACGCGGACGCGGGGCAGAACUCCCGGCUGUCCUACCAGGUGAUCCAGGCCACGGACCCGGGGCUGCUCAGCGUGGCUCUGUACACGGGGGAAAUCCGAACUAUCCGCCGCCUGGUAGAAAGAGACGCAACAAGACAAAGGCUGGUGAUAUUAGUCAAGGACAACGGACAGCCGCCGCUGUCCGCCACCGUUUCCAUUGUCCUCACAGUGGUGGACAGCGUGCCGGAGUCGCUGUCAGAUUUCGGAGACCUCACACUGAGCCCACAGCCCCCCUCGAACCUGGCAGUCUACUUGAUCGUGUCACUGAGCACGAUAUCCCUGAUAUUCCUGGUGGCUAUCAUCGUGCUGGCCGCGGUCAAGUGCUACAAGGACAGGGAGACCCACAGCGGGUACAACCUGCCUCCGCUCGCCUGCUGCUGCUGCGGGGGCUUUCAGCCCGAGCCGCCCGCGGAGGUGUUCAAAAAAUCCAACCUCAACCUGCAGAUUUCAUCCGCGGCCAAAGUCCCCACGAACUGUAUGGAGGUGAAUGGAAAUAGCAGUCUCUCCCAGUCUUAUUGUUAUAAAGUGUGUCUGACCCCCGAAUCAGCCAAAAGUGACUUUAUGUUUCUGAAGCCGUGCAGCCCGAGCACACCGCGGAACAACGAGGCGAAGAGCGCGGAAAACCCGUGGAGCGCGCACAGUCGGAGCGCGUCCGUGAACAACGGAGCAACUACUCCCAGCGAGCUGAAGCAACCAAAUACAGACUGGACUCUCACAAAGAACCAGAACUCAUCAAUCAAAAGUUACAACUCUAUAAAUAUGGAUGGCACCCUGGUGCAUAAGGCCAUGCAUGCAGACCCAGAAAAUUACAUCACCUCCAUGGCCCCUGGGCAGUACUGGACCUGGGGUACCCAUAUGAAAGGCAUGAAAGAAUAUAAGAUGUCUCCCUCACCCAGUGGACUCUCCUCUCGCCCCUGGACUCCUCGGUGCACACCUCCUCCCCAACAGCAGCAGCCGUCCAUCCCCCCCCACCCACACCCGCACCCACCACCCGACUACCACCACAAUGUGUACAUCCCCGGAACUCCGUCAGGCUUUUGCACGUUGCGGCCCACUGCACAGCGAAGUGAGCUGGAUGUCCACAACUCGUUCUCAACUUUUGGCAAGAAGAGACGUCUUCAGAUGUCCCCCCAGGGAGAAGCUGCUAUGAUAAAUAAUGACCUGUACAAUGACUGACUGUUCAGAUGCUGCCUUGAUGGAUGAUUAAAAAAGGAAGAACAACCACAUAUGAAAACAGAGGGACAGACCAUUAAUAAAUUAAAUUGAAAAAUAAUUUAUAAGUUGUAUGGAAAUACAGAAGAUCAAUAAUUCCCCCAAAGAAGAAAAAUAAUGAGAGGUCUGAUGGAUAUUUAUGUGACAUGCUACUGCAACACUGUUAUUGUAUAUGUCUGUUAUUAUUACUAUUAUUGUCAUCACUGCUGUUAUUGUUAUGAUUACUAUAAUUUAGACAAUCAAACUGGUGCAGUAUUUCCAUACAUAAUGUUUUGAAAAGCAUACAUGGACAAUAAUCUUGCACAUACUUGUGAAUUUAUAUUUUUGGUUAUAUCAAAAGGAAAGGCUCCUUUUUUGUAUGUUUGUUUGCUAACAAUGCUUGUGUAAAUAUGACAAAUAUUAUGUAAAUGUAUAUUCAAGCUGCACAAUGAUGCAGACUACUGUAAUGAUGGGACAUUUUUCCCAAACAUGUAAUAUAUGCAUUUAUGAAAAUAA